AUGCUCCCUCACCUCAUCCUCACAGCAGUAUCGCUGCUCAAUAUCGCUCAUGCUUUCCCGUGGAUGCACCCCGAGUACCGCGGCGAGAAACCCAACGACUUCGGUAAGCGCAACGUGACCGAGGAGAAGCGGCUCUUGGGUCUGCUCGACGUUCCUGCCGCUCUCACGGCUACGGGCGGGCUCCUGGACGGUCUCGUCGGCGGUGUAGCCAAGAACAUCCAAGGUAGCACCCGAGUACCCGAUGCUGCGCAUCCCUUCCAAGCGCCUGGUCCGACCGACCAGCGCGGUCCUUGCCCUGGUCUGAACGCCUUGGCGAACCAUGGAUACCUCCCUCGCAACGGGAUCGUAACAUCCGGCGAGGUGAUCAGCGCUGUCGGGACCGGUUUCAACAUGGGCGCCGACCUCGCCACCCUCCUCAUCUUCAUCGCUGUCGCUUUCGGCGGUAACCUCGAGACCCUCACCUUCUCUCUUGGAGGCGAGGACGACCGUACCUACAGUGCUAGUGGGAUCGGUUCCAAGGCCGCGGGUCGCCAAUUCGGUCUGGACGGUCACUCGCGGUGCGAGGGUGAUAUCUCGGCUCUUCGGCGCGAUUUCUUCACCAACAACGGUGACAACCACAAUGCCCACCCGGACCGAUUCAAGCGCCUCAUCCAGCUCGCCAAGGAGAAUGGCGGAGAGUUCACCGUCGAGGCUCUCAACAAGUUUUACGCCCAGAACGCCGCCGAUUCUAUCGCCAACAACCCCAAGCUCUUCUUCAACUCGUACACCAUCGUCGUCAUUCUCGGCGAGUACCCCUUCAUCCCCAACUUCUUCUCCAACGGUACCUACGGCGCGGGCGGCGUGGCCAACUACGAGUCUAUCUCUAGCCUCCUCGGCAUGAGUACCGCUGCAGACGGUACCAUCUGCUAUGUCCCUGAACGGUUCCCCGAGAACUGGUACCGCCGAGCGACCCCCUACGGUGUCGCCGAGCUGAUCGCCGGUCUCGCUCCUACCUACCUCACCGGACCUUCCCUUACACUGCCCAACCCCCUCGGCGUCCUCCAGAACCCCGCUCAGGCAUCUCAGAUCGGUUGUGCCGUCUACCAGGGUCUCACUGGUGGUAUUCCCGCCUCUCUCCUUGGAUCGACCAAUGACUAUGCGUCUCGAGCCACCGAGCUGUUGAGGAAGAACUUGCUGCCUAUCCUUCCUCCUCUCUACGGUUGUGAUCCCGACCAGAACACCCUUCAGGAGACCUCAGCAGGCGGUGGACAGUACAGCACCUCGUCUGGUAGCACCAACACCUACAACAUCUGCGCCUGA